AUCUUGUCUGCCACUCUGUCCAAGACAAGCCCUAUCCUCUGCUCCAAAUCUAUCGGCAAAGGCUCUGUCAAUUCAUAAUGCCGGAGUCUAGAGGCAGCGGCACCCCUGCCGCAAGGGAGGAACAAGGGGGAAAGUCGAUGUUCCAGACGAUUGUUCAAGGUCUCGCCAUAUUCAUGCUCACACAGUUUGUUGUGAACCAAUUCUUUGGCUCAAAGUCACAGACUGGCGAAGGCGCCGCUGCAACCAAGCAAAAUGUCAAUUUCGAUGAACGAGCCGAUGUAACCGCCCUCACAAACUAUUCGGUGAUUCCUCAAAACAUUGCGCCGAUAUGGCCAGACAACAGUGUCGUCGACAUUCGAAUGUACGUGUCUCCGCGUGACACACUUCCUCCCCUGUCAACCGUGUCAAAGGAUAGCCUCGUACUGGACGAGAAGAGCUUUGGGAUAGGAAAUUAUGAGGAAAACCGAGAGGUGCAUACCCAAAUCGCGAUCCCAACAGAGGUACAGCACAACGGGACAUUAUGGGCCCAUUUCUAUGUCGCCCUAGCAGGCAGCGAGUUUGACCCAACAAGCCCGAACUACGAUGCACAUAAAGCAACUCACUUCAAACGGCCGCUGAACCAGUUCCUCCCAAAGAAAAAGGCCCGUAAGUUGAAGAACCUGCUGGAGAAGAGCGAGGGGCCAGAAGAAGAGGAAGCGGAAGAACCGCAGGGAGUGCAGAUUGGUUCUUAUUACCAUCCCAACUUCACGGUCGCUGUGGUCCCAAACACGGGCGUGCAAAACUGGCGUCAAAUGCACCCCGCGCUGCGCAAGAACAUUGUCCUCGAACCGACGGGUCAGCGAGAUGCUUCCGGCCAAAAUGGUUGGUAUUAUCCCGUUGUCUUCCUCAAUACAUUCUGGCAAUUGCGCAGCCACAUGACUGAACUCAACGACACCGUCAAAGAAAUGCCCCUCAACAUCCAGCUUUACAACUUGGCCAGUUGGAAAUAUAACCUGCUGGCUUCCAUUGACGAGGGCAUGAAACAAAAUCAAGCCCAAGCUGCGAGCGGUGCGCCGAUGCCCGGUGGCGGUGAUGGCAGCGAGUUCGAGAAAUUCAAGGAAAUCCUGCUGGAUACCAACGCCUACUUGCUAGGGACGACCUUCGUCGUCAGCAUCCUUCACAUGGUCUUCGAGGGCCUCGCAUUCAAAAAUGACAUUUCCCACUGGCGGAAGAAGAAGGACAACGUGGGCACAUCGGUGCGGACGAUCCUAGCGAACGUCUUCAUGCAAACCAUCAUCUUCUUGUAUUUGGUAGACAAUUCGGAGAACACCUCGUGGAUGAUCCUCGCCUCGCAGGGCUUCGGUAUUGUUCUUGAAGCCUGGAAGAUCACCAAGACUGUUGACGUGCGCCUGCGCGAACCCGGCCCGGAUUCGAAGUUCAAGAACAUUUUGCCUUACGUGGUUGUUUUUGAAGACAAACACAAACUCACCGAGAAAGAACGGCAAACACAAGAGUACGACCAAAUUGCUUUCCGGUAUUUAUACAUCGUUGCCGUGCCACUACUGCUCGCAUACGCGGCCUACAGCCUUAUCUAUGAGUCGCACAAGUCAUGGUACAGCUUCGUGAUCGAGACGUUGGUGGGAUCGGUAUAUGCUUACGGAUUUCUCAUGAUGGUGCCUUCGCUGUACAUCAAUUAUAGGCUGAAGUCUGUCGCGCACAUGCCCAGCAAGGCCCUGAUGUACAAAUUCUUGAAUACGUUUAUCGACGAUCUGUUCGCGUUCACGAUCCGCAUGCCGAUUCUACACCGUCUGGCUACGUUGCGUGACGACGUCAUCUUCUUUGUCUGGCUGUAUCAAAAGUACAAGUACAAGGUCGACUAUACGAGAGUCAACGAGUUCGGGCAAGGCGGCGAGGACGAGGAGGAAGAAGGGGAGGAGGCGAAGAAGGGGGACGGCAAGACGCCGAAGGCGCUCGAGGGGCAGGACACCAAGGAGGUGAAGCCCUCCGCUCCCGUCUCGAGUGCGAGUGGAGCUCAGGCCAACGCGGGCGCGAAGAAGAGAAAGUAGCCGAGCGGCGUGUCGAUCACUUCCUUCUGGACAGCAGGUCACGCCUGGUCACACCACGGGGUCCGAGUCGCCUACCAGGAGAGAAUGAAAGGACCAUGCCGGGGAGGGUGGAGAGGGAGGAUGGGAGGGAGCGUCGGGCAAUGACGUCCCUGUACAGCAAAAGUCAACCUGGAAGGCCUUGUUGCUUGUAAUAUUCUACAUUGGUUCUACGCCAUGCGAGCAGCAAGAGAGAGGAAGAGAGAGAGGGGGAGACAGAGAGAGAGUCAUCUAGCCUGGUCUGGUCCACAUCCAGUUCACCACCCAGUUCACUUCUGGUUCCUUGUCUCGGAAAAUCAAAAAUCCCCAUGGUCCCACAAUCCCAGUUCCAGUUGCCUACCUAUCCCGAGCGAGGAAAUUUGUCAACUUCUGCCCACGGCUGAUUCCUGAACGUUUCUCUGGGCUCAACUUCCACAGCUAGUGAAUCGGGCUGGGCCUCAUCAGGAAAGGGGAGGGCGUCGAGGAUAUGACCCUCUUAAAUCCCCUGUCGGGCAACAUUGGGGCACUGGUGCACACGAGAUCAGAGGGCCCUUUGCAAGCAUGCAGCUUGUUUGUGUGAAAGAAAAUGAGACGGACCAACCAACGAUCAAAAGGGCGCUCCAGGGAAGAGAAAAGAAGAGAGAAGGGGG